AUGCCGAGUGAGGAAAACAAGGAGUUUGACGACGAGUUAGUUGACUACGAAGAGGAAGAGGAGACAACGACGGACUCUUCUAAGGCCGCUGCCGAAGGAAAAGACGCUAAGAAGGGUCAUUAUGUCGGCAUCCAUAGUUCCGGUUUUCGCGACUUUAUUCUGAAACCUGAAUGCUUGCGUGCCGUUGUGGACUGUGGUUUUGAGCACCCGUCGGAAGUGCAGCAUGAGUGUAUUCCUCAGGCUGUUCUGGGCAUGGACAUUAUUUGCCAGGCUAAAUCCGGCAUGGGAAAGACGGCUGUCUUUGUUCUUGCUACCCUUCACCAGAUUGAGCCCGUUGAUGGCCAAAUCAGUGUUGUGGUUAUGUGUCAUACCCGUGAGCUUGCAUUCCAAAUUGCACAUGAGUAUGAGCGUUUUAGCAAGUAUCUGGUGGAUGUAAAAACUGGCGUCUUCUACGGCGGUGUUCCUAUCUCCCAGAAUCGUGACGCGUUAAAAAACAACCCGCCUCACAUCCUUGUGGGUACUCCCGGUCGAAUUUUGGGCUUGGUCCGUGAGAAAUCCUUAAAGCUCGACAAGGUGAAGCACUUUGUCAUGGACGAGUGUGAUAAAAUGCUGGAGGCGAUUGAUAUGCGUCGCGAUAUUCAGGAAAUAUUUAAAGCUACUCCUCACGAUAAGCAAGUGAUGAUGUUCUCUGCCACCUUAAGCAAAGAAAUCCGUCCUGUGUGCCGCAAAUUCUGCCAGGAUCCAAUGGAGAUCUAUGUCGAUGAUGAAACGAAGUUGACCCUGCACGGUCUGCAACAGUACUAUAUCAAACUUGAGGAGUCGGAGAAGAACCGUAAGCUGAACGACUUGCUUGAUGCUCUUGAGUUCAAUCAGGUCGUGAUUUUCGUGUCCAAAAAGAACCGUGGACGUGAACUCAACCGUUUGCUGAAUGAGUGCAACUUCCCGUCCAUAUGCAUCACGGCUGAUCUCACUCAGGAAGAGCGUAUUAAGCGGUACAAAAGUUUCAAGGACUUCCAGAAACGCAUCCUGGUAACGACUGACCUGUUUGGUCGUGGAAUGGAUAUCGAGCGUGUGAACAUUGUCGUGAAUUACGACUUUCCCAAUGACAGCGACCAAUAUCUUCACCGUGUGGGCCGAGCUGGACGUUUUGGCACAAAGGGGUUGUCAAUAAGUUUUAUCUCGUCCGAGGAGGACACAGAAAUGCUAGCUAAGGUGCAGUCGCGUUUCGAAGUCAACAUUCCAGAACUGCCCGACCAGAUCGAUAUUUCCACUUAUAUGACAACUUAG